GAGGCUUGAGGAAUUUUGCCGCGGAAAGAGACGUGUGACAUCAUUGUUCCAAAUUUUAUAAUCGUCGGCCACUUGGUUGGGUCUUGGGCGUUGGGCGAGAUUUUACAUAAAUUAAUUUUACGCAAAUUUCUCAAUCGCCACUUUGCAUGAUUUUGCACAAUGAAUUUCUCGCGUUUGUCGUUGGAUGUAUUUCAAGGAUACUAUUACCGACAAUCUUUCGCAACACGCCUAGUUAGCCUAUAAAUGAAACGAUCGUUUAAUCAUCAGGAAUCAAACUCAUUGUCAAAACAGAGUUAGCCAAAACCGAAGACUAACUCUUACAAAAGAUUACUCUCUUAAUGAUUAUUUAUUCAUUAUUCACAAAAUUUGCAUGUCACGUCGCGCGAUAAUCAGAUUACCUAUAAUAUGACGUUUCUCUGGAAAUUAUUGACUAAUCCUUGUAUCCUGCGAAGAUCAGGAUAUUGCGGCAUCAAUGUAUCGCGGAAAUAUUUUUUUGGCUUUGGCUCGUGCUUAACAAGACAGAACAUCAGAAUAUCAAGGAAAGGACGUAUAUUUAUUGAAUUGAGACGUCAUACAUCUAACGCUAUUCGAUCAGACACUUCAAUAUCCAUCGUACAUUCGAUUAAGACGAAGAAGAGCUCGGAGUUAAAAAAUCUGAUUUUAUUAGCUGCGCCUGAAAAAUGGACCCUAAUAAAGGCCAUCGCAUUUCUGCUCGUGUCUUCCAGUAUAACCAUGGCUGUCCCGUUUUGUUUUGGCAAAGUGAUAGAUGUUAUCAACACUAUGGAAAAAACAAACAUGAAAGAAGAGCUCAAUCGCCUAACGUUUGCUCUCUUUAUAAUAUUUCUCAUAGGCGGUGUGAGCAACUUUAGCAGAAUUUACUUGAUGUCUACAGCAGGACAUAGAAUUACGCAGUCUCUAAGGAAAAAAGCGUACGCUGCGAUUCUACAACAGGAAACGGCAAUGUUUGAUAAGGAAAGUACGGGAGAACUAGUCGGCAGAUUAAGCGGAGAUACACAAAUUAUUAGUUCCGCUGUUACAUCCAAUGUAUCAGAUGGUUUACGCUCUGCUAUUAUGGCCAUUACAGGAGUCUCUAUGAUGUUUUAUGUGUCGCCAUCACUAGCUUUACUCGGCCUAGCUAUAGUACCCCCUGUUGUAAUCGUUGCUGCUAUUUGGGGACGUGUCUUGAGAAGAAUAUCCAAGGAUCUACAGAACAGUUUCGCAGUGCUUAACACGACUGCGGAAGAGAGAAUUAGUAAUAUAAGAACAGUUAAAGCAUUUGCACAGGAAAAACGCGAAAUUGACAGAUAUAGCGUUAAGCUACAAGACGUUUUGAGACUGUGUUACAAAGAGAGUUUAUAUAGAGGAAUGUUCUUUGGCAUGACUGGUCUUUCUGGGAAUGCUAUUGUUCUUUCAGUCCUUUACAAUGGAGUAUUUAUGGUUUCAAACUCCGAUAUAACAAUUGGAAGUUUAAGCGCCUUUCUGUUAUAUGCGGGAUAUGUGGGAAUAUCUUUAAAUGGAUUAUCUACAGCAUACAGUGAGUUAAAUAAGGCUCUAGGAGCGAAUGCUCGUCUAUUCGAGUUGAUCAAUCGACAGCCACUUAUUCCUAUUCAGGGUGGACAAAUAUUAGAGAAGGAAUUAUCGGGAAACGUGACGUUUCAAAACGUUUUCUUUGCUUAUCCAACACGAGAAACGAUACAUGUAUUGAAAGGUUUUAAUUUAAAUAUAGAAAAAUCUUCCAUGACAGCUAUCGUCGGUUCCUCGGGUUCUGGAAAAUCUACGGUAGCAUCACUUUUACUAAGACUGUACGAUCCUACGAAGGGAUCGAUACUCGUGGAUAAUCACGAUCUCCGUCUACUCGAUCCUAUAUGGGUAAAAUCACAAAUUAGUAUUGUAUCCCAAGAACCAAUUCUUUUUAGUGGCUCGAUAAAGGAUAAUAUAUUAUAUGGAAUGGAAACCGCGACAGAUUCCGAUAUAGAGGAAGCCGCGAAACAAGCGCAUGUGUUACAGUUUACAGAAAAAAUGACGGAUGGAUUAGAUACAAUAGUCGGGGAAAGGGGUAUCGCGCUCAGUGGCGGGCAACGUCAAAGAGUCGCCAUUGCCAGAGCGUUAAUAAAGAAACCAAAAAUUUUAAUAUUGGACGAAGCGACCAGUGCCUUAGAUGCGGAAAGUGAGUAUUUUGUUCAGGAAGCAUUAGAACAUGCUAUUCGUGGCAGGACGGUAAUAACGAUUGCUCACAGACUUAGUACAAUAAAAAAUGCCGAUAAAAUCGUGGUCCUCGAUAGAGGACAAGUGGCGGAAACCGGUACUUAUGUUCAACUCAUGAACUUGGAGCAUGGUUAUUUUAAAAAGUUAGUGAAACAUCAAACAUUUGCAUAAAACAGAAAUCGCUGAACGAGUAAUAAUAUAUCUCUUGAUUUAUUAUAAGGUUCUUUCUAUGGUGUAUAUCAAUGUAUUAUAUGUACAUAUAUACAUAUGUAUAUUUAUUAAUUAAAAAAAAAAUUCAAAUAUCUAAAAAUAACAAA